AUGAAGGAUUUUGCUUGCUUUGCACGAAUGUGGCUUAUGCAGUUUAUGGAUAAUGGAACCGCAGUCCUUCUUAUUGAUCUUUACAACGACUUCAUCUAUCCUGAUGGUAAAUGGUACGGUAAUGUAAAAGCUAGUUUUGAGGCCACAGAAACAGCGGCGCAUAUUCCCAUCUACUAUUGUUUGCACCAACAAUACAAGCCACGCAACUAUGACGGCUGGAACCGGAUGACCUCGUAUCACAUAGGGAUGAAAGAAGGCCGCGUGAUUGAAGAAGGUAGCUGGGGGGCGCAGAUAUACGAGGGGCUGGAGCCUGACCUUGCGAAUGGUGAUGUAGUCGUAUCAAAGCACUGGAACGUUAGUUCGUUUCAAAACACUGAUCUAGACUAUCUUCUUCAUCAACGCGACAUCACUAAACUGGCCUGCGCGGGUAUGACCAGCAAUCAAUGCCUGGAGUGCACAGCACGAUAUGGCAAAGAGCUGGGAUAUGACGUGACACUACUUUCAAAUGCGACGGCCGGUUUCACAAUCGAGCAAAAGGACGCAGCUGUCAAUUUGAUAUGGCCUUUGCUUGUGGAGCGCUUCAUGUCUGUCGAAGAAUGGGCUGCUAGUAUUGGCGCGCCAAAGCAAUGA